AUGCAAGGACUUGUGGUUAUUUCAGAACUCAUGAUUAGCCUAUGUCAGAUAUAUGGCACGCUCCUCAAGAAGGAUGACUUCCAUGUACAGAAUGAGAACCAGGCUUUCCUGGCCCUGAUCUAGUAAGUGAAAUUCAGGAAAGAAGAAAGACUAAUGAUUUUAGGAGGCCAGAAAAAGGAUAUAAGGUUUAAUGAUGAGGAGUUUGCUUACACUUUUGAGCUUACAUAUUUUGUUUACACGUGGCUGAAAUUGACAGAGAUGCCAUAUAAAGCAGCUGUUCCUAGUGCAGCAUUAGCCAUUAGUGUCACUGGAGGAGUAGCAGACCAGCUCACUACCUCAAAGACAGCUCAGAGAUGUGACAUAGAAAACAAUUCCUGCAUAGAGGUACUGCCUAUAGGUUUUUUGGUCUUCCACAUGGUGACCUGUGGAGGAAUAAUGUACUCCCUUGGGGAUUGUGCUGAUGCAAAGAAAUAUGUCUCUAACGCUUGCAAGUACGGUAAUGGGAGGAAAGAGAACUGGACUCUGACUGGGAAAAUAAGCAUGACGAUGGAUGCUGCUGCCUUGAUCACCAAGGGAAAAAAGCCAUUAAUUUAUAUUGUGACAAGGCAGCUGAAUGAGUACUUGCUAUAUGUUCAGAUGGUAGAUUACUUUGACACUCAGACAGGGAAAGUGGUGUAGUACCUCACCUUCUGUAUUGAAUUCAACCAUAAACCUAAAUAUUCUCUCAGUCCAAAUACCUUCUGACUACAACUGAAAGGAGGGAAAUGGAAAAUUCUGGCAGAUCCUUCAGAAGUUCUUGACUACUCAGCUUCCCAUACAGUCAAACUACCUUCCAAAGUUCUUCUAAAAAUUGCAAUUAAUUUGGAAAG